CGUCGACUGGUUGUCUGCAGGCAAAGAUGGCGGUGCGGAAGAAAGACGGCGGCCCGAAUGUAAAAUAUUUUGAAGCGUCUGACACCGUUUCCCAGUUUGAUAAUGUCCGCGUCUGGCUGGGAAAGAAUUAUAAAAAGUACAUCCAGGCUGAGCCCCCCACUAAUAAAUCUCUGUCCAGCCUGGUGGUCCAGCUGCUCCAGUUCCAGGAGGAGGUUUUCGGCAGACAUGUCAGCAAUCCUCCCCUCACAAAGCUGCCGAUGAAAUGUUUCCUAGACUUCAAGUCAGGCGGGGCUCUGUGCCACAUUCUGGCUGCUGCCUACAAGUUCAAAAGUGACCAAGGAUGGCGCAGGUUUGACUUCCAGAAUCCGUCGAGGAUGGACCGAAAUGUGGAGAUGUUCAUGACCAUUGAGAAGUCCUUAGUGCAGAACAACUGUCUGACUCGACCCGUCAUCUACCUGAGCUCUGACAUAGAACCAAAGCUGCUCGGAAAACUGAAAGACAUCAUCAAAAGACACCAGGGCUCCGUGACUGAGGACAAAACCUCCAGCUCCCAUAUUGUGGUGCCUAUUCCUUCCAGUCUGGAGGAAGAGGAGUGGGUGCGUCCUGUGAUGAAGAGAGACAAGCAGGUUCUGCUCCACUGGGGAUAUUUUCCAGACAGCUAUGACACCUGGAUCCCAGCUAGUGAGAUCGAGGCUGCGGUGGAGGAUCCUCCUAGCCCAGAAAAGCCCAGAAAGGUUCAUGCAAAGUGGAUUUUAGACCUUGACCAGUAUAACGAGUGGAUGAAUGAGGAAGACUAUGAGGUGGGAGAGGGCUGUCCAAAGAGGAAGAGGAUCUCUGCCAAGACGCUGACAGAUGAGGUGACAACACCAGAUGAGAGAAGGGACAAGAAACCCGGCAGUGCCAAGAAAAGAAAGCGAUCGCCAUCACCUUCACCAACCCCUCCGCCUCAAGAGAGCAAGAAAAAAAAUACAAAAAAAGGGCCGACGACCCCGUACACCAAGUCUAAACGAGGUCAGAGGGAGGAGGAGCAGGAGGAGCUGUCCAAGGAUCUGGAUGAAGCCUCACCUGUUCCUGCAUCUGAAGAGGGAACCACAGCAAAGACAAAUAACACCAAGAAGGAUUCUGAAUCGACCCCAGUUAAGGGAGGCACUGAUGUGGAUGAACAAGAAGACGAGUCAAUGGAGACAACGGGAAAGGAAGAGGAGGAGGGCAGCCCCAGUGUGAAGGGUGAACCGGUGAAGAGUUCAGACCUUCAUGAGGACAACGUGACGGAGCAAACUCACCACAUCAUCAUCCCCAGCUACGCCGCCUGGUUCGACUACAACAGUGUUCAUGCCAUUGAGCGGCGAGCUCUGCCCGAGUUUUUCAAUGGGAAGAACAAAUCUAAAACACCCGAGAUUUAUCUAGCAUACAGGAACUUCAUGAUUGACACCUAUCGACUGAACCCUCAGGAGUAUUUGACCUCCACCGCCUGCCGCAGAAACCUGGCAGGAGACGUGUGUGCCAUCAUGAGAGUUCAUGCUUUUCUAGAGCAGUGGGGACUGAUCAACUAUCAGGUGGACUCAGAGAGUCGGCCCACACCCAUGGGACCCCCGCCGACCUCUCACUUCCACGUCCUGGCGGACACUCCUUCAAGUCUGGUCCCCCUGCAGCCCAAAACAUCCCAGACCCCCGCCACCCAGCCAAUGAUAUCAUUCCCAGACAAGGUGAAGGAGAAGCCCACAGAUCUGCAAAACUUUGGGCUUCGGACCGACAUGUACAGCAAGAAGACUGGGUCUGCUAAGAGCAAGAGUGCAGCGAGCUCUAUGAGGGAGUGGACAGAGCAGGAAACACUACUACUACUUGAGGGGCUGGAGAUGUAUAAGGAUGACUGGAACAAGGUCUCUGAACAUGUGGGCAGCCGUACACAAGAUGAGUGCAUCCUGCACUUCCUGCGGUUACCAAUCGAAGACCCAUACUUGGAGGACAGCUCGUCUACUCUGGGCCCCCUGGCCUACCAGCCCGUUCCCUUCAGCCAAGCAGGAAACCCCGUCAUGAGCACCGUGGCCUUCCUGGCUUCUGUAGUUGACCCACGUGUGGCCUCAGCUGCAGCCAAAUCCGCUCUCGAGGAGUUUUCCCGGAUGAAAGAGGAGGUUCCUGCAGCGCUUGUUGAGGCUCACGUACGGCGGGUGGAGGAAGCGGCGAGAGUGAGCGGCCGACAGGAUCCCCUGUAUGGUCUGGAGGGAAGCGGCAUCGCAGGCACUGGCCUGGAGGAGGGAGAGAGGCCCGAUGAAAGCAGCGAUGAAAGCAAGAGUGACAGUCAGUUGAGUGAGGAGAAAAGAGAUGCUAAGGAGAGUAAAGAUGGAGCGAUGGAGGAGGAAGAGAAGCAGGUGGAGAAUGGGAAGAAAGAAGAAGAAAGAGGAAGAGAAGCAGAAGGCGAGAGAGAGGCAGAUAAGACAGAGCCUGAGAUGGGUGACGGUGAGAAGGAGAAGGAUGCUAAGGAGGGAACAGAGGAGGGACAAAGAGAAGGAGAGAUGGAAGGAGAGAGGAAGGCUAAAGUUGAGCGCGAUGUGGGAGAGGGAAACCUGGCAACUGCUGCUGCCUCCGCGUUAGCCGCUGCUGCCGUCAAAGCCAAGCAUUUAGCUGCAGUGGAAGAGAGGAAGAUCAAAUCUUUGGUGGCUCUGCUGGUGGAGACCCAGAUGAAGAAGCUUGAGAUUAAACUGCGACACUUUGAAGAACUGGAAACUAUCAUGGACAGAGAGCGGGAGGCUCUGGAGUACCAGCGGCAGCAGCUGCUGGCUGACCGCCAGUCCUUCCACAUGGAGCAGCUGAAGUACGCUGAGAUGAGGGCCCGCCAGCAGCACUUCCAGCAGAUCCAGCACCAGCAGCACAGCCAGACCGGAGGCCCUCACUCCAACCAGGCGGCCUCGGCUGCACCGCCUCAAGGCCCCAGUGCCAGUCAGCCAGCUCCCAGCACACCAGCUCCUCAGGCGGCCCCCAGUCCUGCCCCACCAGCUUCUUCUGCCCCGCCCCCCGAGUCCCAACCUGCAGCAGGCACUCACACGUCAUCUCCCUGCCCUCCAGGCCAGCCCCCGGCCCCUCACUCCAGCUCCAGCACUACACCCGUACACCACGAGCCCAGCGCUCCUCACCAAGGUGAGUCACUCCACCCCUCAGCUCCUGUUCCUGCACCACAGUGAGAAAAACAUCUAUAAAUUGCCUGCGAAUCCAAAUGACUGACCAUUUUGACGCCUGCCUAUAUCAUCUGAAAUGAAGAAGUCAACAAAUGGAUGAGAAGAUAUUUUACAUGUUUAGUUUUUGUUUUUCUACAAGGCAAUCGAUGCGAAGAUCAAAAUGUAAAUUAAUCCACCUCUUUGUUUGAAAGUAAGUCAUUUUAAAAUACAACUGACUCUUUUAAGGGAAAACUGAUUUUAAUCUUUUGUUGCUGACCAAACAGCAGUGAGUCGUGUUCAUGGUAAACAUCUUACUCAGUUUUGCUAACAUGUCAGAGGAUAGAAGAACAAAAGCUUCCUAUUGGUUUGGACUUUGUUUCAUUUAAUGUCCUGCAACAGUUUGCGAUAGGUCAUGAAGUCUCAUAGUUCAUCCAGUGGCCCUGCCUCCUUGUACUUUAGGUACGUUUUAAAACAUACAUGUAUGUAAAGGAAAAAGCACCUUUGUCCUUGAAAGUCUCGCUGAAAGACUUGAAGCAUCCGCCGUAUUGAACUCUAGCACUUAUAUCUUUGUUUUGUGGUCUUAAAUACUUCAACCAACAGGAAGUUUCAAACUUACUCAUGGUUCUUAGAUCCACUUGUGUUUACGUUGCAUGGAUAAGUCGUGUCUACAGGGUUGAACCUGAAGGUUUCGUGACUAAAAGUCUGUAAUGAAGGAAGAGAUUUAAAUCGCUAAAUUAGCUGAUCUAAGCUGUUAAGGAAAACGUACUGUAAACUGGAUUAUCUGUUACAAACAUCUAUUUUGUAUCCAGUUAUGAUGCUGUGGAAACUUAAAGUACAGCCUGAAGUCCUGAAAAGACUUUUCUUAGAGUUUUUUCUCAUGUAAACUCCCAUCAUGCCAGCAGGACUUAGAGUAAAACCUUUCAGUGUGGAUGAACUCUAAGCAUCCAGUCAAAAAUGUACUUAUGUUCACUUAUAGCAACUACAUGCAAAACAGUAUUAGAUGCUGUGUUAUGUAAACCAAAAUAUUUUCUUUUAUGAUGGUUGCUUGGGAUGCAUAUGGGAUUUUUUAUUUUUUUUAACAACUUUUGUUUUUUUCACACAAAAAAUUGGAAGAACCUCCAAUGCUGGAAAACAAGGGAACACCUUAAAACUCUCUAGCAGAGAAUCCUUGAAAUCCGUAACAGUGUUUUCACUUUAUAUCCUGUCGAUUUUUAUAUUUUUUACAUGUAAUUUUUCCAUAGUUUUCCUUUGAUAUGUCAACAUUGUAACUGUAUAUUAUCUUUGUAGCCUGUAUCUACCUUCGCCAUCUUUGUGUGCGAUCUGGACUGUUUUUGCUGGAUCUGUCAGAGACGUGACUGUGAUCAUGUGUGCCCACGCCAUUAAGACUUGUAAACAACAUUACCUUUCAGUUGUUUUUUUUUUAUUAUUUUAUUAAGUGCCAUCAGUCGUGUGAUCACCAAGUUUGGAAAACUUUAAAAAAAACAAAAAACAUUUUGCUCUACACACUCAACACGUCACAUCAGUGUCAUGAUAUAUAAUCCAGUCAGACGGUGAACGUUUGCAGUUAAUGUCCAUCUAGCCAGUAUUACAGUCCUCACCUCCGCCGUGAGCAUAAAUGGACAUCUUUUAUCUGUGUUCUUACUACAUUGUGUGAAUUUUGUGAUAUGAAAUAAGUGUCAGCUCAGUUUCUGUAUGUUUUUCACUUCGCUCAAGGUAGCAGCAAGUGCGGUAUUAUACAGUAGACAUGAGUUUUUUUUCCUCUGUGAAUCAUCACAUUAGUGCUGACAGUUUAUUAAAAAAACAUCAGAACUGGUUUAAUUACGAAAUGUUUGAGGAAAAAUUAAAGAUGUGAAGAGGA